AUGUUUGAAGAAACUCCAGAGUUUUCUGCUGUAACUACACUAGAUGGACAGCAGAUUGAUUAUUAUGACAGUGAGAUAAAGAAACUGAUUCCCAAACAGGACUGGAUGAAGGAUUAUGCAUCUAAAGACCUGUGGAAAGCAGAUACUGAGAUCAGAGAAAAUGUACAGCAGAUCUACAAAAAUAAUAUUCCUCGUUUAAUGCAGCGAUUCAAUCAGACACACGGUGUUCACACGUAUCAGAGGAUGUAUGGAUGUGAUUGGGAUGAUGAGACUGGAGUCUCACGUGGGUUUGAUGAGUACAGUUAUGAUGGAGAGCGUUUCAUCUCAUUGGACCUGAAGGAGAACAGAUACACUGCAUCUGUACCGCAAGCAAUACCUACAGUGAUGAAGUGGAACAAGGACAGAGAACAACUUGUCUAUCUAAAACGAUACUACAGAUAUGAGUGUGUUUACUGGCUGAAAGAGCUCUUACAUUUCUCUAAAGCUUCUUCUGAGAAAACAGUUAAAGUACCAGAGUCAACAGGACGGAGUUUGACAAAGCCAGCUGUCAAUGACAACAAGAGUGAUGGGCAACCUCCGUAG